UCCCUCCAGAGAGUUAUUUCCCUUGAAUCGUACUUUCCAGGAAGACUUUUAGGUUUUAGUUAAAAAAAAACAUUAUAAAAUUUGUUAUUCACCACAAUCGUUAUCUUUGCAAUUCACGUUAUUAUCUGGCUCCGGUUUGAGACGUCUUUCACAAGAAACUAGUCGCGUUUGGUCGAGUUAAAAGUGUAUCGCCAUGGCGGGGGAUGGUGAGCUGAAGAUGGUGAAGUCCAUGGUGAGAUCUGUCCUCCUCAGCUGCAAGGAGGGAGUUCCUGCAGACAUGCUUCAGAGGGACUACAAGGGCAUUGUCGGAGAGUUCAUACCAUGGAAAAAACUGGGGCAUGCAUCAUUUGAAAACUUCAUUAUGUCCAUUCCAGAUGUUGUCAGGAUUGAGCGACGGGGUGCAGAUUUCAUACUGAGAGCUGUGGCGGAUGAGACCACCGCCCACAUACAAAAACUUGUUUCCAAACAGAAGGGGAAGACACUGAAGAAGCCUGCGCGAAAGCCAAGAGUUGGCGGGGCAGGUCAGUUCCUGUCCCGAGGGCGUGGCAGACCCCCUCAAAAUAGACAACCUCCUCGAAACUACCCUGGCACACCCCAAAGAUAUGGAAUGCCCAGCUUCAUACCACCACCGUUUGUGAGCAAGCCAUUGACCCCUAUAACAGUACGCGUAGGGAAUAAUGCGUACGGUACACGUACCAUCAUGGUGAACAAAAUGCUGAAUAGGGCAGUUACAGACGCUCAAAUGGACAGACAGAAACCAGCCAAUAGUAAGUUUGAACUGCCCCCUCGGUUCCGUAGACAGGGUGGAACACCUGCUGUACCCCAACCACACAGCACACCCGUGAGACGACCCCCACCAUCCAAGAAUACCAGGGAAUUUGCUUCAAUGGCCAACCCAGAGUCUUACAUCAAUGAGUUAAAGCAGCACCUGGAUCAGACGAGGCAGAAGUUUACACACAACACUGUGCCGGCGGCCGGUGGCGGGUUUGUGUGUAGCCUGGUUAUUAACAAGAAUACAUACGGUAGUGAAGACAUCUUUGAGACGGAGAUCGAGGCGGAAGGGGCUGCAGCCCAGAAGGCCAUCAAGGGGCUGAAUAUUCGACAGGAGACCCCGCAAGUGUGGAAAGAGGAAAUAGAUUGGAACACUCCGACUGGUGUGUUAUGUAACCCAGGGAAAUUCCCAGUGUUAGACUGGGCACGGGAAGUCAGUAGGGAGGACAGAGUUGAUGAAUUCCCCGAGGAGCAGAAACAGUUGAUAAAAGACAGAGUCAAGCAGAUUUUGGAGACAAAGAAGAACGGCUUAUGGGGCACGAGAAUCCCGCCGCUGUACAAGGAGACGUUUAAUGAGGAGCCGCCCGCUGACCUGAUAGACAUGAUCAAGUCCUGGACUGAUAUAGCAUUAGUGGAAUUUGUGGCCAACACGGACAGGGACAUUGUGUAUCCGAUCAUACCGGAUGAGAAUAUGACCCUGACGAUCCCCCGGGAGGCAUUGAUACGUGACAGCGAGGGUGAGGUCAUAAUGUACACCUCAUUUGUAGACACGCCCGGCUGCUUCUUCUGUCAACGUGAAGACAGUAGUGCCACCAUUGACAACAUCUGUGAUACAUUGCAACAAGAAUGCAAGACCAUGAGCCCAGUGGAGCAAAGCAACCUGAAGCCUGGGCAGUUCUGUGCGGGUGUGUUUAGCGGAGAUGGACUCUGGACCCGCGCAGAGGUCAGCAAGGUCAAUGGCAAGGAGAGUGCAGAGCUGUUGUUUGUGGACUACGGUAAUGUUGACAUCGUGAAGCUAGCGGACAUUCGCUGGUUGUCCCCGGCAACCUCCAAGUACCCUGCCCAGUCUAUACAGUGUUGCCUCUAUGGCAUCGAACCUGUGCAGGGGGCAAGCAGCUGGAGUGACCAGGCCUGUAAGGUGUUUGCUGAGCUUGUGGAGGAGCAGGCCCUCAAGGUUGUGCCCAUGACAGUCUACGAAAACCUGGCAGUUGAAGUUGACAUGUAUCUGAAGUCUGACCCGACAGUUAGUGUCAGUGAGAGGCUUAUUAAAGCCGGGGUCGCUGCCUCGUGUAAGCAGGAAGAAGAGGAUGUACAAGAGAAAAUCAGCGAAGAAGGCCUUCAUCCAGCUGAGCUGUUGUUACCAGAGGACAAGGAAUGGGACGUGCAUAUAACAUACAUCAGCUCCUCCACUGAGUCUGUCAUGUUACGUCUGGUUGGGGAGGAGUUUAGUGAUAAACUAGAUGCAUACCAGUCUAAGCUACAGGAUGCAUUCAGGAGCAGCCCAGAUGAGACACGUAUACUGGAGAACCACACAUAUGUUGCCAUGGACGACGACCUCUUCCAUAGGGUCAGGGUCAUUUCCAAGGGAGAUAAAAUGGUGAAGUGUUACUUCCUAGACCACGGGGACACCGAUGACUUGCUGCCAAUGCAGUUACGGGCCCUUGAUCCACAGAUCAACAGGAUGCUACCAUACCAGGCGGUAGAGGUAAGCCUGUACGGUCUAGAGGAAGUGUGCACCAACAUCACCGCUCUGGAGAGGAUGUGUGAACUUGCACUGGGCAAGACUUGUGUUGCUGAAGUCAUAGACAGAGUCGACAUACCUGCCGUGGUUCUAUAUGACACCUCCGGAGAUUCUGACCUCAACAUCAACGAGACAAUCCUGCGCACAAUAGCGUCUGAGGGGGGCGGCAUUGACUCACCAAAGACUAUAUCCCCCAUCACUUCAGCAUCACAAACACCAAACAGAGUGCUUUCCCCUGUUCCAAAUAUAGAAUCAAGAACAGACAAUACUAGUGGGAGAGUGAGCUCCCCUGUUCUAAAUAUAGAAACAAGAACACAUAACCCUAGUGCUUUACCAGAUAAUUUGAAAAGAAAUACUAGUCCAAGAUCAGACAAUAGAAUUCCAAGUAUAGAAAAUAAUUCCAGCAUUCCAACAACGAGAACAGAAGCAAUCAAUGAUUUGAAUAAUGAUAUACAAAACAUGAAAGUGUCCAAUGCCGAUCAGGACAACAAUAGCGAUCAGGACAACAAUAACGUCAGCAAGAGUGCCAUAAAUAGUGACAGUGUAAGCAGAUCGAGCGAGGGGAAAUCAACAAGUGGCCUCACUCCAUUUGUGAUACCCCCUGUUGGAGAAUAUAUAGAUGUUCAUGUAAACUUUGUGGAGGACCCUCAUAGCUUUGUGUGUAUACCGUACAACGAGAUGGGAAAGUUGAACAAACUGUUGGUGGACAUGCUUCACUUCUACAGAAACACAGAAAUGCCUGAGCUGUCUAAUGAAGAGGUCCAUGUCGGCCAGUAUUACGCGGCAGUGAAGGAUGGAAUUUGGUAUCGAGUCCGGGUCAGCAGCCUUGUAGGACAGGAUCUGGUAUCUGUGUAUGAGGCUGACAUCGGUGAACAUACAGCCAUGAUGAUAGCAGAGUUACGCACCCUUGUCCCACAGUUCACACAGCUUCCCAUGAUGGCUUUCACGGCAAAACUAGGAGGAAUUUUGCCGGAAGGACCCACUUGGUCCGAAGCAGCCAAGUAUAAAUUUAUUGAGCUGGCCCGCGAUCAUGACCUGGUUGGCCUGGUACAGGGCGUUGAUGCGGUGACGGGGCAGGUGAAUCUACGCCUCAUUGAUACGUCUUUGGAACAGUACGACGUCUGCGUUGAUGAAAUGCUGGUCAAGCUGCAAUAUGCUUCACGAUUAUAAUCUUGACAGUUUAAGCCUUUACAUAGAAUUUUAAAUGGGCUAUAUUAAGAAAUGAAGUCUAACUUGAGAAUCAUGUGCUGAAAUGGUCGGCUGAUUUAGUUUGAUUUUUAUUCCAGCAACACAUUCCAUUGUUGGAAUGAUAUGUAUAUUCAAGGCACUCUUUAACACAAAACUACCAUUUAAAAUAUGUGAUUUAUUGCCUGGGUAAUGUUUAACCUAGUCUACUUGUAUGAGCUUUUCGGAAAUAUAUACGAGUUUUAUCUAGCAUAUAAAAAGCUGUUCAGAGAAGGAACUACUAUUCUACUUUUUACGUAGAGUUACAUUCUAUUCAGAAGUGUACAGUACAUUUUGCGUAGGCUUAAAAAUGUGCUAACUCUGAUCAUGAAUUUUAAAGAUAUUUAUGCUAUAAACUCAGAAUCAUACUAUAACCGUGAAAUUUAAACUUCGCUUAAAACUUAUCGUAAUUGCAUGGAAAUACUUUUAUUUGCUAGAAUAAAUUUGCAUCUUGUUCAGUGUGAUUCAAUAUUUUAAUAAUAGAGAAUAAUUAAAAUUUGAUGUUGAUGACAAAUUAUACUCCCACUGCUUUUAAAUGGAUUUUAGAAAACACAUCCACUGUUUAUAUUUUAUGUUUUAUUUUUUUUAACAAAGAAUUGAGGUUGCAGCUAUGUAAACAAUAAUGUAGCUACAUACAGUUACACAGCACAAAUACACACGGAUUACUUCAGUACUCACAUGUAAAUACAUUAUGUAAAUAUUUCAGUGCUUGCAUUACAAAACUCAAAACUCUUUAUUAAAGCAUUAACCACACUGUCAGAAAAAUAUUCAAAAUAGUUGAAAUGUAUUUUGCUGUCCUGGCCUCAAUUUCUCAAAACUUCUUAAGUCCCUUAUAACAGGAUUCAGCUAAACUCACUAUUUUUGAUUUUCAAUAACUUGUAUAAUAUUUACUUCUUUAAAAGUUUUUAUACUUUAGAUAGGAAUUAUCUUUAUGCUAGUUAAAUUAAACCAUUUUUCAUUUAUCAAAAUUCCAUUCAAGUAUGUAUUUUCCGUAAUUGAAAUAAGCUACUUACAUUGUAAGCCUGUGAAGCUUAAGAAGUUUUGAGAAAUUGGGGCCAGUAUAUUACAUGUAUUAAGACAAAGUUUCGCUAUAUUAUGUGGAACGUGCAUAUGUAUUCUUGUGUGUGAUGUACAUAUUCUUGUACAGUGUAUGUUUGGGUGAGAGGACAGUCUAAUGUGUAUCAAUAUGGAGUGGAGUGUGUUUGGAUGACAGGACAGUGCAUGUGUUUGUCAAAAAUUCAGUUAUUGUGUUUCCUCUACAAAUUGUGUUAUGAUUUGAAUAAAAAUGAAAGUGAUGUUA